GGACGCUGGCGUCGCCGAACCAGGGACGGUCCCGUCACCGUCAGUUCAGGUCAAUUCAAAUUGGGCCGGGACCAUCUGCGCCUGCAACCACCUUCAGACCAACACACCUCACUUCGUAGGUAGUCACACACACCAGUGAUUACACACCUUAGGUAGUGUACCACUCCUCUUAUACUGAGGUGCAUAGACGACGGACGACUUUUGCGCCGCCCACCUUCCCACACCCCCGACCCCAGCAAUUAUUUCUCUGCCACGCGCGCGCAAUAAUUUUUGGGGGUUCCCGCCGCUCAAUUCUCAAUUCUCAUCUUUUUCUUCCUCUUUUUUCCAACAACCCUCUCCUUCCUACCUUCUUCCUGUUGUUCGAAUCUCGAAUCCUCACCUGCCCUUUCUUUCACAUUGUUCCUGUCGACAACGAGGCACUCGCUCCGAACCGAGUAAUUCUAAUUGCCCCUCUUUCGAAAAGAAGCAGCCCUCACAUCCAUCACAAUGGGCACUUACAAGUUUACCUGGGCUCACCCGGCCGAGGAGGUUUACGUUACCGGCACUUUCGACAACUGGACUAAGAGCGAGAAGUUGGAAAAGGUCGGCAGCUCUUUCGAGAAGACCGUCACACUCGCCGACGCAUCGCAGAAGAUCUACUAUAAGUUUGUCGUCGACAACAACUGGAUCACAGACCACACUGCCCCUCAAGAACCUGAUCACGAGGGCAACGUAAACAACUUUCUCACCCCCGAUCAAAUCGUUAAGGAGGAUACCACCGCCGCAGUCAUGAACACUGUUACUCCCGAAUCUACCACCGCCGCCUUGGCUAAGGACGUGCCUCUCGAGAACAAGGAGGAGCUCCCCCAGGCUACCCCCUCCGACAUUCCCGGCGGCUUCCCCGUCACCCCCGCCAACGAGCUUGACAAGUUCAUUGGUGUGAACCCUAUCCCCGCCCAAGAUGUCACCGCUGAGCCCGUAACCGUCGCACCUGGCGAACCCCUUCCCGCGUCUGUCAAGGCUGGCGAUAUCAACGAGCACGUCAAGCUUGACAAGGAGGGUUACGAGGACUCUAGCGCUCUCCCCGGCCUCUCCAAGGAGGAGACCACCGUUCCUGAGGUUACCGCCUACACGAUCCCCGAGUCCAGCUUGCCCAUUGCGACCGCGGAUGCCACCAUCAACAGCGCCGCACCCACAUCCACCACCGCUGCUCUGGCCGCCGAGGUUCCUCUCGAGACCAAGACUGCCGAGGUUCCCGAAAUUGUCAAGGAAAGCCAAGAGAAGGCACACGCCGAGCCUGAGGCCAGCGCAAACCCCGAGGCCGUCCAGGAGAAGGCCGUUGUUGAGGACGAGCUCCUCGAGAAGGUCCCCACCGCUCCCUCGACUUCUGAGGGCACCGCCGGGUUCGGCACUCAGAAGACUGAGGCUGCUGGUGUCGUCGUUGCCACCGCUGCCACUGUUGGUGGUCUCGUCGCUGCCGCCGCCAUCAACGCCAAGGACACUGUCGUCGAGGCUGCUGCUCCUCACGUUGAGCAGGCUACAGUUGCUGCCACUGACGCCGCUGCUCAGCUCCCCGAGCCCGUCAAGGAGAGCCUGCCUGUGAGUGUUCAGGAAACCAUCGGCGGUCAGACCAAGGAGGAGACCCGCGAGGAGGUCGCUCCCGAGGUUCCCACCGUCGUCAAGGAGUCUAUCGCCGAGGCCGGCAAGAGCCCCGAGGCCGCCGCCAACACCGAGGCUGUCAUCGAGAAGAAGGAGGUCGAGGCUGAGCUCCUCAAGGAGGUCAAGCCUGUCCCCGCCGUCGGUGAGGAGACCAAGGUCGAGGCCGAGAAGCCCAAGGUUGAGGCUGCCAAGGAGGAGGUCAAGGAGACCAAGGAGGAAGUCAAGGAGGGCGAGAAGACCAAGACUGAGGCCGUCAAGGAGGAGGCUAAGCUUGCUAAGGAGGAGGUUAAGGCUGCUGUCACCAAGGAUGACUCUACAAAGGAGGCCAACGGUGCCAACGGUGUUCACACCACCGCCAACGGUGCUAACGGCGCCAGCCUCACCUCCACCAAGGAGCCCGAAGUUCCCACCACCCCUGCCAAGGCCCCGUCCUCCGUUCCCGAGUCAACGACACCGAGCAACACCAAGGCCACUGAGAGCCCUUCGGGCACCGAGAAGAAGAAGAAGAACCGCCUGAGUGCCUUCAUCGGCAAGCUCAAGGCUAAGGUGCACAGCAAAUAAGCGGCAUAAUGAUGAUGAUGUUCGCCGUUAGGAUGUAUGUGGAUGGGAGGCAUUGUCUUUCGCCUCGGCUCUUGUGGAUUUUCUUGUCGGGUGCUGCGUAUUUGGGUUGUUUGUCGUUUCUAUGAUUCCCCUGGUCCACUUUGCAUGUGCAAGAGCUCGAGAGGUAGAAUGAGGCAUGGCAGCUGUAUGUCGUCGAUGUUGGAAGUACGGCCAUUUCUGUUGGCCUCUAGAAUUAAUUGAGGAUGAUGUGGGCUGCCGCCUCUUUCAGUUUUGCUCCUUUUGUUGGUACUUCACAUGGCUCAUCUGCAUCGGACUAUCCUGUACCAUAAUACCUCGUUCGAGCCUAAUUUGCAUAUGAUCAAUUGAGCCAAUACAAUGAGGUACUGAACACUGGUGACUGACUACUGGUGAGGCAUGUGACUUGGAUAGGAUAUCUCCUGCUGCUGACUGACGUUAUGGAUGAAGUCGUUACCACGGAAAAAGGUUGAUAAGUGCCUACUACCUUAUGGUAAAGUCCAAUGGGGUAACUUGUGACUUGACACGCCGUUUUGAUUCGUC